AUGUACAUUCUGAAGAAUACAUUUCUUAAUAUUACAUAUGCAACGUUGGACCAUGUACCACCAUUCUUUUGGAAUUUAUUACAUGUAAUCGCUGAUAUUAUUUAUUUUUGGUACUUUAAAUUAUUAAAUUAUUUGAGACCAAAAUCUCGUACAGUUUAUUAUGAAGCUAUCCAAAAAUUAGAUGUAUGUGAAUCUUAUGAACAAUGGCAAGAAACUGCAGGAAAAGUUGACGAUAUUACAGGUGCAAACUUAUGGAGAAGAAAUUUCUUUUCACGACGUUACGAUUUUAAUUCAGUAUUAGAACAAUAUUCGAUUUUAGUGAAAGCGGUAGAAAGUAAUGAUUACGAUACAGUUAAAGAAAAAUGUUCAACCACAGGUCCAUGUAUGUUAAGAAAUUUUGCUGGAAUAGCAGAUAAAAGAUUAUUUACAAAAUCACUUCUUGGAACAAAACUUUUAAUUGAACAAUACCUUGAAAGGACAGUUCAAGGGUUAACUAUGUUAAAUACUCAAACUCUAACUCCAACAUCAUUUUAUCAAAGAUGUAAAUUCUCUUUGGGAACUACUGCUUUGGUUCUACAAGGUGGCUCAUUAUUUGGAUUGUUUCAUUUAGGUGUAAUUAAAGGUUUAUUGUCUCAAGGAUUACUACCAAACAUUAUUAGUGCUAGUUCCAUGGGUGCAUGUGUCGCUGCUGUAUUUGGAUGUCUAUCCAAUGAAGAGAUGUCAGAGUUGCUGGACGACGAUGGGAUCCUUAAUAUAAUUAAAGAUGACCCUGAAUUAUUAAAACUAUGUGGCUAUGGUAAUGUAGAGCAACAUUUAAACCUGGGUACUUUGAUACAAAACUUAAUCCAUCAUGGUUACUCACAAGAUGUAUAUUUAUUCAUGCAAUUUGUUCUUAAAUAUGUCGUUAAGGAUAUAACUUUCGAAGAAGCAUAUCAGAAGACUCAUAAGAUAUUCAAUGUUGUAAUCCACCCAACUGAUACUUCAUGUCCAAAUUUAUUGAAUUAUGUGACUACACCAAACGUUUUAAUACGAUCUGCUGUAAUGUGUAGUCUUGGUUCCGAUAUUGUUUCCAAUGAUACCACGUUAUUAUGCAAAAAUUUGAAUAAUGAUAUUGUACCAUUUUUAACAAUAGAAAAAUUUAAACAUAUUAAAUUUUUAGCACCAGAAAACUCGAUAAAUCCAACUCCAAAUGAUAAUGAUAAUCCAUAUACAAGGCUGACUGAAUUAUUUAAUGUGAAUAAUUUUGUUGUAUCAUUAGCAAGACCUUAUUUAGCACCAUUUGUAGUGAAUGACCUCAAACAUGAAAUUAAAACCUCAAAAUACUAUUAUUAUAAAAAUUAUCCAGAAACAAAAAAUAAUAUUUUAGAGACUUUACCUGAUAUAGGGAUCUCUCAGAUAAAUUUUAUAGAGAUGGAACCUCUUGCAUUUAAAUUCAAAUAUCAUCUAGAAAGAAAAUUGAAAAAUAUAUUAACAAUGGAAUUUUAUCAUAGAAUGCAAGUCUUGGAUAACUUGGGACUAUUAAGCUCAUGGGUGAAAAGGUUAAUCAUUGAUGAAAGGACACCACGUAGUGCCGUUGAGAUAGCUAUUGUUCCUAAUAUCAAAUCGUUAUCCCUAACGAGGAUCGUUGAAGGCCAAUUAGAUAAUAUCAAAUUCUGGAUCAACAGCGGCGAGAGAAGUACAUGGCCUAUCCUAUCAUUGAUUAAAACAAGGUGUUCUGUAGAGUUUAAAUUAGACGAAUUAAUAAAGGAUAGGAAAUCCAAGCUAUAA